UAAUUACGGGGGCCGCAAAUUUUGAGGAAGGAAAAUCCCUUGGUGAGGCUGAGGAAGCUGAUUAACCGCGUGCACGGUCGAAGGAACCUAUAGAGAUAAAUUCAGACUUCUUGUCAAGUGAAGUUUAGGAGAGAGAUUUCGUUACACAAGCGUGAAUCAGCGAAGGUACGUUACUCGCGCGCGGGAUCUGUGUGUGGAACAGAGGGUUUUUUUUAGAUGUUCGCCAGUGUUUGCAUACGUUAUGCAUUCCUUCGGAACUAAACCAAAAUAAGGGCAAAAGGCUCUAGGUAAACUCCAUUAAGGCUAUUUCCAAAGAACUGUCAUGUGUUACGAGUCAUAAAAAAACGCCGCUUGUCGGGAAAAAUGGCUGUUUCAAGGUCGCUCCAGAAACUCUCACUAAAACGACCAUUUUAAAACGUUUUCUUCCCUGUAUUCUCGGAAGGGAAUGUUUUUAUUUGCAUACUUCAGCUAGAGUAAACUGUGUUUCUAUCGUGGCAUUCCGUUGUUUAGUACAAAAUCAUCGAAGUUUCCGGACAAUAAAAUCAUAAUUGCUCGAGAGAAGACAAUUCCAUUUGCCUCGAAAUCAUUUACCACGGAACUACUUCGAAUUUGAAAGUAAAGUCUUGUGAACAGUGGAAAUUAUAAAUACAAAUCUACUCAGAGUUUCUUUCAUAUAUUUAUGCAUUCUACUUAUCGGUUUUCCAGCCCCAAAUAUUCUCUUUUCCAGUACUAGUCAGCUAAUACAGAAAUUCAAUUACUUUACAUAAUGCGCUUAUAAUUACAUUUGUUAAAGUUUUGUAAGAGGCCAGUUGAAUUCACACAAUAAGUAUUUAUCGCGCUGUUGUAGCUUACUUAUUUUGCAUAACUGCACUUCGCUCGUUGACUUCAAUGUUUAUCGCGAUGUCUUGCAAAUCGCAAAUGAUAAAUAAUGAAUCAAGAUUUGGCGCUCGAAGAUAACUUUUUCAAGCGAGACAUUGCGUUGAAUGAUAAGAAGUUCAUUGCGACAAAGCGAUGAAGGUAAAGUUGCCUUUAAUUCAGCAAACUUUUUCAAAACUUCUUUCAAUUAAUAGUGCAACUUUACAAACUAAUUACUUUUGUUUAUGUAAUAACGAUUCGUUUCGGGCCAUAAAACUCUCAUAAAGUCAGUUUUAAGGUGAUGUCAUGCCGGGAUAAUGUCAUCCUGACUUUGUGGUUGGUAAAUAACCUCGUUAUUUUAUCUUAUGAUAAUAAUCAUUAAUGGGAUCAUGAAAGAAUUCUGUAAACGUUUCUAUUUUGGGUUCAGAAUUAGUCAAUGACACAGGAGGAAAAUUUGAGAAUGGAACAGAUACCUUUGAAAUCUAUCAUUUUUCUUUGUUCUUGCGCUUUGUUUUGAUGAAACAGAAAAAUUCCUCCUUUUCUUCGUCACAGAUAAGCUAAUCUUUCACAGAACAUUUGCGAUAAAUAAUACGCUCUACUGAGACUUCAAUUAAUAUAAAAUUUAAGGUUUAACCGCAAUUGGCAAACUUCACUAACGGUUUUUCCUGCUAUGACAUAAGUACUUAUUUCUGUUCUUCUUCACCCCUUUGUCUGUUAUUCAGCUAAUAUGUUUAACAGUGACAAGAGGAAUCACUAAAAAAAACACUUCUUGCAAGUUACAUGCUUUUGCCUCUCGCCUAAAAGGCACCGAAAAUUCCUACCAUCAUUUGAUUAUCACCUCGUACCAUCAAAGUUUAAAAAAAAAAUAAUACCGUUUUACAAUGAUUUACGAUUCUGCAAAUGUUUAUUACAACUUUAAAAGCGUACGUAAUGAUUUACUAAAUGCCUUUGACAAGAAUUCAUUCAUGGAGAGACCAUGCAGUAAAGCGUUAUCAAGGAGUUUUUUAAAACGACGAUUGCGACGCCGUGGAAAACUUCGGUUUAGAAAAUGAACUUAUAUUUUACCUACGAAUCUCGCGAUACUCUUAAGUCAUUUAGUUUGUUUUUCAUUGUUCAAAAUAUCUCGAAACUGAACAUGAAACUCAGCGUUAAAUUAGAAAUAGAAAUUUAAAAAACUAGCCGUCGUCGUUCACGUUCUCCAGACAACGCAAAGUUUGGUCAUUGCACGUUGUUGUUUUGCAGAAAGCGCAAAGAAAUUUACAAAGAUUUAUGACACUCGUGCACAGCCCUUGUUCUGCUCGUUAAGCUCUUUGUUUAUUGUCGUUGCCGUUGCCGUUACCGUUGCCGUCGUGGUUUUCUUAAACUAUCUAUUGACUAUAACGUGUCUACAUGUUUGCUGCCGAAAAGCACAACACCUGAUUUCUGCUAAGAGACUCAAACUAUUUCCACUGACCUACAGGCCACCCAUGUUGCAGUUAUCAUUUAAGUACUACGAGUUUAAUGGCAAUUUUGGUGAAAGAUAAAGGCUCUGAUUUGCAAAUUUGGCCUCUAAGAUCUCCUUAAGUCUUUUCUACAUUCCCUAAUAUAGCUAAAUAUGAUUUUAUAACACAUUUCUGAUUAUUUAUUACUGUUUCAACCUGAGAGUUUCAGAAAACGCUGUUUUGAGUCAAAACAUCUUGCUUUUUUCAUCAGGAUUUGAAGAGGAUUAUCUCAAUGAUUGUUGUUUUCUUUCGUUAAAGAACGAACAAGCAAAAUUAACAUGAGCUGUUCACUUUUGAAAAAAUGAAAAUUCAGGUGUUAGCUCUUUUGUAUCAAUCUCCGAAGUCCUCUCGAAAAUUUUUUUUAUUUUCUUUGGGAGAUCAAAAUCCAAAUGGAAGAUUUAUUACCCUGGAAAAAAGAUAUGCAAACUUGAUCGAAACGUUUCCAACACCCACCGUAAUCAUCUACAUAUGUCAAGUAUUGCUGGGAAAUUUCCGCUGAAGGUGAAAAAUGAGAAAAGAAGUGUUGCAUGGCAGUCCUCUGAAACAAACAGCUGAAGCGGUAUUUGUAUUCUCUGCGUCAAUUAUAGAAAGUUCUCUUAAUUUCUUAACCUUGAAGGUGAUUAGGGUCUCCAUCUGCCAUUCCGUCUAUUCUAAGAUCCGCCACAGUCGUAAGAGGCACGAUUUCAGCCUCGGGAUAUUUGAGACAGAGCGCCAGUCACUAUUUUUGUCCAUAGCGCGUGAAUAACGUCAAUGGUUUACGGCACAUUAGUUGCUUAUCACUUUAAGCCUUAUCAACUUUCUAAUGACAUUAAAAGGGCAUGUCUAGGUCUUUGAUAAAUGGAUUUUUUUCAAAACAAAUUGCUAAAAAUGUAUCAUUUGUCUCAAACUGGCUUGUUAAGCACCUUGGGAAAAAAUUUAAGAGAUAUUCAAAGUAGCCUAUUAUUUAAGUAAACUGACCAUUAUAAAAUGAAGGGUUUAGACUCUUAAGAAAAAGUGCUCUUUGCUGCAGUGCACACGGACGUCUAGUACAAGAAUCUGUUCGUUAGAGUUGCGGCAUAAAAUGGUGUAAAGUUGGAACUGAAUUGUGUUCUGUAGGUCCUUACAUUUAAAAAGUUCUCUUGAAAAAGAUCUGGGAAGUUUUCGUGGUCUGUCCAAUUUGCUAUAUUGUGGGAACGCACCUUUUAAUAAAGUGAGUAAUAAUUUGAGUUGGUUCGCGUAACGAGGGGCACAGAGAGCCAGGAUUAAAGUCUUUAUAGAAUGAACGAGAAGCAAUGUUGAAUACUCAUUAAUACGUCACACAAGUGGAAGGCUGACGCUCUCGCCACUGCGACUUCCCCCAUUCCCCAUUACUGUGAUCACGGAUGGUCACGGAACCCUUAAUAGGAUCUACGUUUUUGUGGAACAAAUCGAGUUCUAUCAAAAUGUCAUAUGAUCUAGGCAAACAUACUGUAUUAGACGGCCUUGUAUGGUUUGGAUUGUCAUCAUAAUGAGGAAAAGGGUGAAGGAUUGAGUCGCGAUUUUAAUUACCAAUAAAAUAUUGAGCUAUACGCAGUUUGGGCCAACUACAACCGCUAUCGCAGAUCUUGAAAGUGACAUUUGUAUUCUUAAGGGUUCAGAUUGUUCGUAUAUCUGCUUAGAUAACUAAUGUAUUCCACGUAAUUAUGAUUUUGUUAUCUGUCGGGCUAACGAGAUGUUUCAGUUCUUGUUUGUGUGCCUGUUAGUGCAGUAAAAAUUCGAGACAUUUUACAGGUUCGAAUGCCUCACGACCGGGUGUGUUCUUGCUCAGAGGCUUUGGCGGCGCAACAUUUGGCAUUUUUCGAGAUUAUAGUUCUUAAAAUUGACGCAAUGAAUUUAUCGUCUUGUUUUAUCGUUGAAUCGUACGGCUUAGUAAAAGCCUAUCGCGAAGACCCUUUAUAUCAAGAGUCCUAAUCGAUUCUGUCAGAACUAUUGAGAAAUGCCAUCUCGCUGAUUAAUAUUUGAAACGAAGGUAACCAAACGAACUUAGCUUUUCUUUUCUAGUUUCGAAACAAAAUAAGAAACAAAACUGUCGACCUGUUGACAAAAGAUGUCGUGAUUAGAUAAGCCCCUUCUUUUUGUGGUUCAUAGGUGCAUUGCACUUGAAAUUCCACUCAUUUUACAGACCGCAUACUUUCGGACACUCGAAUCUUCGCACGCGAUCUGCAUUUUCAAUUAAGUGUAUUUUUGUAAAAGCUCGUGAAGUUAAGCAGCGUAAAAGAGGGCGGGUCAAAACAGUAGAGUUGUUCUGAUCUUAUUAUUGGCGUGAGAUAUGUUUUCGUGGAGUAUUAUUAGUCUCUAUAAUAUAUUUUUCAUUCAGUUGGAAUAGGCGACUUGAUGUUGUUAUCGUAGGUUUAAAAGUACUCUGGUUCAUCAUGACAAAGACUGCUUCCCUGAUGUAGUGUAAUAAAUGCGUAGGGAGAGAUCACUUACCGUUCAUUCUAGUUUUUGGAUCUGAUUCAUUAGGAAGUUGAAACGUGAGUAAAAACAUGGGUGAACAGGUUUGGCCAUAAACUGUGUCGAGUGAUGAAAAACGGGCACUGAUUUGAAAGAUUAUAUAAGCCCAAAUAAUGAGAAAUUAGACGCAUGGUUUAUCAAGAAAUCAAUUGGAGUUCAUUGUGAACUAAUUGCCCUAAGACUUUACUAAUUUUCGCUUUUCAUUUCUUUUUUGUGGCAUAGCGUGUACAAGAUGGAGAGGAAACGAAAAAACAGAACAGGUAUAAACAUCAAUUAAGCACAUGUACUUCUCAUCUUUGUGAUUACUAAGGCAAAAUAUGCUUAUCACGAUAAGGUCUGAUGCUUCACGAUAAUCCCUGACUGGGGUACAAGGGUCGAAUCGUGGCUGGCACACGAAAUGCUUCCGGUGAAAUAAAUUCUUCUUAAUUACAAGUUAGACUUACUUUUCAGUUCUUGUGCGAAAGAUACUGAAUGAAAAUAUGGCGUUGAAAUCUCCGGGAGUGACCACCCUUGGUUCUGAAAGCAAUACCUUUCGUAAAGAGUAUGUCUUUACUUGCCAUACCUCAAGCGUUUCUAAGCCUUUUUAUCGCAUUUCAUGUACAGUUGCAGAUAUGAAUGCCAUAAACAUGAAAACAGCAGAAGAAAAACCCAAACAGGAAGACGAGGAGGACGAGGAAGAGGAAUUCGUCAAAUAUGGUGCAGUGGAUGAGUUUUACGAUUUGGAGAAAGAAAUCGGCAAGUAAGUGCGCGCCAUUUGGUUUUAAUUGUAACAUGACGAAACAAUGAAUCUCUGCCAAAGGCUUCUUACUGUAAUUUGAUGGUAUUAAACAAUUACUCUGCGAUGGCUUGCAAGCCGUGGUAUCGAAAAAGAAUUCUUGAUUGAAAAAGGAAGAUAUUAGCCCACUUUGAGUUUCGCGUUUCAUGAGGCAGAAAUGAGUAUUCCCCUGUGCCGGGGAAAAAUUCGCCUUUACGCGGGAUGUUUAUAGCGUCAUGGCAGUACAUCAGUCAGUUUACCGUUCCUCAUAAGUAAUGACUUCCCGGUUUUUAUAUUGGCGGCUUUAUGUCCAAUGACAAAAAAAUUCUCUAUGAGCCGAUAUGUUGGAGAUAUGUCACAAUCAGUCAAAAGAUUUUUCUAGGAAUCUGUCUCGAAUUUUGUAUCGACGACGAGGAGUUGAUGUUACCCACAGUAAUCUGUUGCGCGAGUGAUAAGGGAUAAAUGAAAAGAUGUCCCAAUUUCGCGUGCACAGUAUUCGCUUCCCAUAAUUCACGCGGCGCCGGUUUUUAUUUUUGGCGAUGUCUGUUAACUCGUGUAACGGAUGUUGCUGAGAGGGAGAAGAAGAAAGAGAAAGACGCCGGUUGUGCGUAGAGGGAGCGCUGCACUGAAAUCAGGACGGAACCAUUUGCAACAAAAAAACCAGGGGGUUUUCAAUAAAAGCCGCAGUUACCGGCAGUGUAUCGCCGACAAGACCUCAGACCGCCUUAUGUUUAGCUUAUGGGCAGGCUCUCAAAAUUGGGUUUCGUCAUGCGGCCCUUUUCCAAUUAAACCAUCAAUUAAGCCGCCGAUUAAACCAUCGGUAUUCGCUUAUGGAAAAGGGGUUUUUGAAACUCCCGAAAACAUCCUAUUUUUUGAAGGAGCGGUCGUUGACAGGAGACUGAAUUCCCCGAAAAUAGCUCGUUUGGAGGGGAUUUUUCUCGCUGCGGGAUUAACUUUGAUGUGACUUAGGAAUGCGUUUUUAGAACUAAGAAAAUUUUUUCUUCAGCGUUAUACGAACUCACUUGACAAUAUUUGUAAGAAGACCAGUGUUAUAGUGAAACCCAAGGCUUGAAAGUACGGUUUCGCUUUUAAGGAAGCCUCAGCUAAACUUCGUGCAAAUAACCGACCCUGGAUGGUUGCUAAUAGCUUUCAAGAUACCGAAACACUAAAAAAGCUUAAGAAGGAAAUAUCACCCUUAGAAACCUAACGGAUUUCUAAUCCACUGUUGUUUAAAUAAGAUAAAAUAUCCAACUCAGGGAUAAGUAAACUGUUUUGCCGAUCGAAGGCUUACCAAAAAUGCAUAAAUUUUAGUAAAGUUUAUUAACCUCUUACCAUUUCAAAUACGUAUCCUCUGUAUUGAAUUCAGAAGAGGGUUUGCCAAUCUUGCGUCUGGCAAUGGUCCCAGUUUAUUCCAGCAGGAUUUACUAAAAUAAAAGAUUCCAUGUUGCGGUGCGUUUGUUCUGUAAUAGACCACAGAUGACGUCAAUAUGUGGUAGGAGCAAAAUAGUGGCCCACGAGGUGCAGCCGAGUGUGUCUCUGAUGUGUUAGCUACAUUUUGACGGCCUCUGUGAUCUAUUACUGUUCAGAUCCACGGCAACAUGGAAUCUAUUCGUUUUAAAUGACAAAAAACAAAACAAAAUGUUGCUACUGGUGAAGUCAUCUAUGCGUCUGUCCUCCAAUAGAUCAUAAGAAAGAACCAAUCAAAAUGCAGGUGUAAUUUAGCUUAUCAUAUAAUCAGUUAUAGAUCUGAGCUGAUGCCUAAUUAUGAUAGGAAAAGAAAAAGUAGCGCAGAAGCCGCAGGCGACUCUGAUGAUCUUACUUUCCUUAGAUGAGCUCGACUCGAACAUUUUUUCCCUGGUAUGUUCAGCUGCGCGAGACACUUUUCUUGAAGAACUCCUGUACGAUUUUUUUUCAAUCAAGAUUUUUGUGGCCUUUAUGAGAUCAUCUCGUAAACUCCUUUUAUAACUGUUGGUCGGAAAGCACGAAGAUAACAAUAUUUCUUUGACGUCAGCCGUUCGUCUGUAUUAAAUCAGAUAGAUUAUAGGCCACGGCCAAUCAUUGAAUGCACAGAAUUCAGUUUCUUUCAGUGGUUAUGCUAAACAACCUGAGAGUGAAAACUAAUCAUUUUUUAAGGUCGGUACAUAGUAGCUUACGUUUAGCCACUCGUACCAGACUCCUAGAAAUCUCUCCUUUUCGGCGAAGUCCAUCGCGGGCGGUUAAAAAAUAUCAGUGAAAAAGAAAAUUAAUGUCAGUGCUCUGCGAGGAACUCUGGGAGUGAGGCGGACGGAAAAUAGAAUCAACAGACUAAGCCAGAGGGUUUGACUUUUGCGUCGCACUUUUAAAGCAAAACAUGAUUUGUUCAAGGCCAGAAAACCUGUCAACAGAAUGUCAAUACUCGAGUUCAAUUACCAUUCCGCGUGACGCGUUAAUAUCAUUUUUUUUCACUGUUUAUUUUUGGACUCGUAUAACGGACUUCGCCGAAAAGCAAGGCGCAGUUUACAUCCCCACUCACGAUCUGAGAUGUUUUUCUUUUUUUCCUUUUUAGAGGCGCUUAUGGAACAGUGAAGAGGUGUACUCAUAAGACCAAAAGAAACAAUUAUGCGGCUAAAAUAAUCAAGACAGCGAAUAGCACCGUCAGGAAGACCGUGUUGCGAGAGAUUGAAGUGAUGCGAGCCCUUGGAACACAUAACAAACUUGUUGAACUUGUAGAUGCUUACCAGACUCCAUUUGAAAUCGUGAUGGUCCUUGAGCUGUGAGUUUAGAUUUAAGUCCUUCUUGUAAUACUCUCUAAAACGCUUGGUCAGCUUCUCUAUGCAAAUAGAAGCCUCGAGACUACAAUUUACCCGAGGCAUUUCUGCAGGUUUCUCUAAGACUUAGCCGCCGGGUCAUUUCUCGGUACGGCUUAUAUGGAAACUCGUAGGAAGUCUUUGACGACUUUACCUUCAUCUUUGUUAAUUUGUUGUAGGGUGGAAGGAGGUGAGUUGUUUGAGCGAAUCGUUGCUGAAGAGUAUCUGAUGGAGGAAGAUGCCGUGGACUAUGUCAAGCAAAUCCUUGAAGCUUUACAGUUCAUGCAUGAAAGGCAUGUUGUUCAUCUGGAUCUAAAGGUGAUGAGCGGGACCUUAUUGUUCUUUUCAAUCCAUAAAAAAACUCAUAAGAAUUUUCUCUGUUGCUUAGGGUUGAGGUCAUAUUUAUAAAAAGGAUGUCUACAGGAAUUACUCGACUUCUGACCUCAUUUAUCGUGACAUUUUCCUGCAUGGAUAAGAAGGUUAACAGCCGAACGCGCUGACCGAUUGCGCCACGGAGACUGCUUCAUGGCAAAAUGUUUGCCAUUCUAAUUAUGUUUACUAUCGUUCCUUCCCUUUUAUUAGCCAGAGAAUAUUCUGUGUGUGAGUAUGCAUUCAAAUGACAUCAAGCUGGUUGACUUCGGACUCGCCAGGAGUCUGGAUUCCGAAGAAGAAGUUAAAUCUUCCUUUGGUACUCCGGACUUUGUAGGUAAGAUUCGUUUAGAAAAAAAACUCCCAAUAAAAUCAGCUCGUAAAAUCCUUGCCGAUCAUUUCUCUGUAAAACCAUUCAGUAAAAAAUUAAAUAUACGCAGCGAAUGUCUAUGCACUUGCUAUGCACUUCCCUUUAACUUGCAGGAACAAAGUAAUUUCCUAACUGUCUGCAGGGCCUUAUUACUAUAUUACUUGACAAAUUAAGGAGAGUGUGGGAACAAGAAUUAUUGAAAAUAAGUUAUUACGAUUUCAUAUUGCAAAAAAGAAGAGUUAAGACUUUCGGCUGGCUAUACGAACAAAGUUCGGCCGUUGUUUAGCAAAGUCCAUAGACAUGCUCCUUUUACAAAACCUUUAACUGAAAAAAAAUACAAUUAGUUACCUUCAAAAACCUACUUGUAAAGAAAAAACUACGAACCAAAGUAGACCUUUGUUUAAACAGCGGGUAUCCAUCUCUCGUCAGAUCAUAAUAAAAGUGAAUCACAAAAGCUGCAAAUUCGUCCCCGGGUGGGCUUGAACCACCAACCUUUCGGUUAACAGCCGAACGCGCUAACCGAUUGCGCCACGGAGACGGAAUUAGAAAUGGAGUAUUUCAAAAGUUCGAAAAGAUUUUCUGUUUGUUUUUCUUCCUAGCUCCAGAAGUAAUACGGAUGAAGCCAGUGUCAACUGCUAGUGAUUUGUGGUGAGAUUUUCAGUUGUUUAGACCUUUGAAAUUGGAAAAACUGGUGGAUAAUUUGUUGCCCUUUACUAAUGUCUUAAUAUUUCAUAUCCAUGAAACUUGGAUUUUUAAUUCCUUUUCAUUGUUUUUUUCAGGAGUCUGGGUGUUGUGACUUAUGUCCUGUAAGUAUACAACAGCGCGAACCUCAUUCUUUUUAAUUGAUUCCCAGAAGUGUUUCAUAUGUAAAUUCUCCCUAAAAUAUCAACACCUUAUCCAGCACACAGGUGAUGAGAAUAGACAAGAUUCGCGCACUCAGAUUGGUCGAGGAUUACGUCAUAUCUCGCUUAAGUAUAAAUCUGCUAUCCUAGCACAAAUGCUGCAAUAUGAUUGGCCUUUUACCCGCUAUCUAUUCCGUGAUAGAUAUUUAGUAGAGUUGUUAGAAUAAUUGUGGGCGAUUUUGAGUAAAUGACUCUAAAAAAGCGAACCUGUCUGGUUGGUAAGUUUUUAAAGACCAGUAGAUGCUUAAACAAUUAGAUCUUUAUCUCUCAAGCUUCUCUCUCGUCGAAUGUCACACGAUUCGCAGUUCAGUGUCAGAGUAAUCCUGAAUUGCAUUGGUUUUGCUUUGCUUCGAUUUUUGAUUGGUCCAGAACAAAUCAGAUAUAAAAUCAAAACCAAUCGCGACUUGAUCACUCGCGUUUUCCCACUCAGUCAUUGGUGCUUGCUUUCCACUUUGAGUUCUCAUUGGUUCCUUGAGAUGUUUUCCUUUCCUUUGAUUGGCCAUCAUGAUUACUUUGGUUUCUCUUAGCUAAUUUUCUAGAUAGUGCGAAGCAAUUAGAGGGGAAUAUUAUGCAUUGUAUUCAGGUAGAUGAUAAUGACGAAAGAUCGUCAUCACAUGGCCAGGGACAACAUACUUUUGAACAAACUCUGAUGUCAUUCUUUGGCUUUUUCCUUCAGAUUAAGUGGCUUGAUGCCAUUUUCUGGAGACGACGACCAUCAGACUCUUGUGAAAGUAGCUAAGGCUGAUUGGGAUUUUGAUGACGAAUGUUUUGAUGAUUUGUCCCACGAUGCAGUGGAAUUUAUUGAGGGUCUCCUUGUUAAGGAACCAAGGUAAUCAUUAACUUCAAUCUCAGUUGUUUAUUUUAUAAUAUUUGACUCGACGAGCGGGUAAGCUCAAGCGAAGGCUUUGUUGUUAUCAGUACACCUGUUGAUGGGUGCUUGGUUUGAUCCCGCAAAAUCGUUGUGUUUGGGUAACAUGAAUUAUAACAGACCUGCAGUUGGUUAAGAAAUAAAGAAAUAAACUAAAGCCUUUUUUCGCCAAUUUACUUUCCAAGAGAGCGAAAUUUUUUUAUUUACUCUUUUUGCGAUCCUUGUUUAUAGCCAUGUUUUUUGUGUACAUGAAAAAAGGACGUAGCCAAUAUAAAGUAAUACGUGUUUAUCGUAACAAUAUUUAAUACUGUUGUAUCUCUAUUUCCGUGCGAUUGUCAUAGUUUGAUCACACUUAACGUUGGCGUUGCAUUUUAUUGUCCCCGUAAUGACUGCUAAAUGUGAGAAACAAUCUUGCCCCUAGACCUUUGACAGCUGGGUUAGUGCGAACAAACCCAGUGUUAUAAAAUUCACCAUUUUUUCAUCACGAGGAAAAGUUUUGAGAACAUGAGCUCAAGACUCAGACGUAGUGAGGCGAGGAAAGUUAUCCAGCGAAUUUUAACCCAAUAAAUAGGUUAUUUACAGACAUCAAUUUUUUUCAUGUUAUGUGAAAUCUUGAAAUCAUUUCCAGCGAGAGGUUAACAAUAGAAGAAUGUUUCCAGCACCCGUGGAUAAAGGUAUGAGUAACCAAGAGAGAACCUGUCCUUACUAUAUCGAUACGAUAUAAAACAGACAAGUGAUGAGAAUAUAAAAAGACUAAGAGAUUAUUACUUGAUCCAAUACCAAAUUCUCUGAGCUAACAUGAUAAGAAUUUUAUGACAGAAAUCAAGGAGAAUUAGUAAAGAUAUAUUGGGAGUGAAAGGAUUUAAAGAGAGAUACCUUUCAUUUUCGUUUGGAUAUGGGCAAAGUCACGUAGCGAGACAAGAGUUUCUCACCAUAGCAUAUCACAGGUGUUCAGAGAAAUUUUAAAUUGAGUCUAAGAUUGCAUUAGUUUUACUUAGCUGUGCUCUAAGAUUGGCGAAAAAAAAUAUCACGAUUCUUUCGACCAAUCAGAUUCAAAACUGGCCUCAAGCGCGACUUGGUUAUCCUCUUCUUCCCAGUGCUAAAGGCAGCUCGAGCUCUCAUUGGCUCUUCGUGAAGUAAACCUGUGUUCUGAUUGGCUGUUGUGAUUACUUUGGUCUCUGUCUUACGACACUCAAUCGAAAAUCACUCUAUCUAUGUUAAGCUUCGGAAUCAUCAACGAUUCUUAUUCUUUCAUGUUUUCACGUUAUUUCAGGAUACCCAUGACACAGGAACAAAGAUAAACACACAAAACCACAAGGCGUUCAUGGCAAAGAGAAGAUGGAAGGUAGGUUUAAUGUCUAAAAUUUCAAUUAGAGCGGGUCCUAUUUCAUGGCUAUUCUCGCUAUGUUCACAAUUGAGUAACAGACGAGUGUUGAUGACAUUAAGUACCUUAUCACUUAGUUCUGUCAGAACUUGUGGAUUUCAGACGUCAAACACUUGCUUGCUUGUUGGCACGAUAACGUUUGGUUUCCCAACGGAAGAUUUAUUUCGAAGGUUUUUAUAAAGUGGUAGUUUCUUAAUUUCUUUUUUUUAAACUGAAGAAGCAAGGUUAUAAAAACAAUUUCAAUCGAGAAAUCACAAUCUAGUUUAACAUACAACCUGAGCCAGGCUCUUGGUUCAUAAAAAGAUCGAAAAAAAAGCCUGCGAAGAACAGCAGGAGUCUGGUAAAUAACAUUCUUUCUUUGGACCUCCGCAGUUCUUUGUAUGCUCGUUCAAAUCGGUGUUUGUCAAGCAAAACGUGGUGUAGUUAAAUAAUCAAAUAAUUGCCCGUGAAGGAAAUGUUAGAUAAAAAUGUUUUUAAAUUUUAAUAGAGUCGACUGGACAGUCGCACUCUCUUUUAGGUUGGUGUUGGACGGAAAUGUUUAGCCUGGGCUUAAGGAAGAAUUUGAUAAUUUUGAUGAACUUAUUUCUAAAACCUUAUUUUCAGAAAUCCGUAAAUGCGCUUUUGGCUGUUCGUCGUAUGUCUUUGUCUCCCUUGUUCGGCUCCAAAAGAAGACGCUCCAUGGAUCCCAGCAUAUUAUCUGCGGCUUCUGAGAGCGAGGAAGACCAGCAUAAUGAAGCGGACAGAAAAGUAUCCGCGCCAAUUGAUCCGUCAGGACUAACUCUCCCAAACCGUCGCGUUGGGGAGACGCGCAACUCUUGUUUUAAUCUGGAUAUGGCAACCAUAAAAGCCUUGCAGGAAAAAGCUGUCAAGGCCACUGGAAAGGCAUCGCAGUCGGACGAAAAUGACAAUGAGGACGGUGAAAGUGGUACUGUUGAAAGCAUAGAAAGCUUAGAAUUGAGUGCGACUUGUUCGGAAGAACAGGAGAAUGAAGGAAACACAGUAGAAAGAGACAAUAGUGUUAAUGAGGAGAUUUCAACUUUGCCAAGACGUAGAGCACACACUUUUUGUGGAGCCACCUUCAAGGCGACGCCUGCAGCUGCUUCUCGCGAGAGGAAAAUUUCGCAGAUAUCAAUUAACGUAGGGAAUUCGUCUAAAAAUGACUUCAAGCCGGUUUCUUUUACUUUCAAUACAGAGGACAUGAAAAGGAAUGAAAGGGUUAUUUUGGAAUCCGCUGCUAUUUUAAACGCGCGGCCGAAAGUACAGGCGUUCCAACAAGAUUUCACCACGAAUGAUGGAAGCGUAAAAGCCGGAAAUUCGAUGGACGUGUCAGUUUUAACCACGCCUGGAGGUCAAUUUGACAAAAGUAGUCUAAAACCACAAACAAUAACUUUAGAAAUGGAUAAUUCAAUUCUAACCGAAGGGCUUACGGAACCGCCCGACAACAAAGCUGACGAACUACCGACGAUUUGCGUCAACGACGAACUUUACCUACCCGAUCCUCCUCCAAUUAAAUUGGCUUUAAACAACAAUAUCGAAAAAAAGGACCGAGAAAGACGGGCCUCGACGCCUCCUCCUUCCCUUAAAACUAAUUCUGUCGUAAAUAUUGCAAAUGUAGAUAAAAUUGCUGAUAGCGUCCAGGCCAUCACGGUCCAGCUUGGAAAUUUGAAUGGGUUGCAAUUGAACUCGAAAGAGGUCACGUGUAGUGUACGACGAGCGUCGACUGGGUCAGCUCCUUGCUAAUGGAGCAAAUACACAAUGUGAAUUAAUUUAGGUCAUAAUUAUUACAAAAUUAAUGACAAACUUGUAUAAAUUAUAAUGACUUUCCCUAUACAUUCAAGCUUCGUCCAUAAGACGACGGAUAACUGUAAAAACGCAACUUCUUUUCCAUAGUAAGGCCCCGCUGGUGGGGAAGGGGGGGAACGUCUCCCUGGAGGGACUAGCCCUACUGUCUCGCUAAUCCGCAUAAACUGUCUUAUCGGAAAUGGAUUCCUGCAAAGAUGUUUACUCUGUUUUUCCUUUUUUAUGGCGACAUUUAAACCUCACUAUGCAUGUCUGUUUCUGCCGCCAGGGAUCAUUGUAGUAUGGAAGGACUAUAUAUAAUCUGUUUUCCUGAGUGGACGGACUCCAUUUCAAUUACUCUCCGGCGCUUGUAUUUAAGAGAAAAUUAACCAAAGGCGGAAAAAUUCAAACCGAGACAAACACAAGUCUUGAAAAAGAAAAUCCAUCAGGGUAAACUGACUUUCUAGAAAAGUGAGUAUAAUAAAGUAGAAGAACGAGAAAAUGUUUUAGCCGGUUUUUCACUUAAAAAUCGCAGCUUCAGUUCGUUGUACUUUGUAGGUGAAACUCUUUGCAACCUUGCAUCAGCGUGCAUUUUCUCCAUACUGUCCCCUUCACAUUCCUAAAGUGUCAACAAGGUGAAUUUGUUUAACAAUCAAGAACUUCUUUAGUUGGUGAUCAUUUCCUUUUAUUCUCUGGACUUGUAUAUUUGAAUCAGGGGUGAAUUGUUAGGAGAAAUUAAAUGCUAGUCACUGUUAGGGAUCAAAGGGUUAAGGCAUUGACGAAAGCGAGCUGACGAGAGGUUUCCAAUGGAUUAGCAUCGUGUCAGACCACUUGCCGACCUUACGUCGACUAGCGUUGCACAAGGCCUCAAACUUUAUCGCUGGCGAAGGCAUGCUCUUACUGAAGCGCUUAUAUAAUGAAGGCCAAUUCGCAGGCUGGUCAAAUGUCCAAAAGAUAACUUCAAACGGCAACAAGGCAGCCCCGACGGCAUUUGAAAGCCACUUACAGACCCUUCUUUAAAGGAGCGACCUCAAUAUCACUUUUUUUACAAGUAAAAUAAUCUUCAUAUAACAACAAUAAUUAUGACAAUCAGCAAAUGAUUCGAAAUAUCGGAGAAACGACAAUCGUACAGCUGACAACCAAUGCAACAAGUUUCGUGGAUAUGUUCUUAACUGCACUUUUUUAUAAAAUAGAUUUAAAUGAAAUCUUCUUCCUCCUCCAUUUUGCAUGGAAAAGGCUUUUUUUGAACCCGACUAUACUCGUUCAGGAGUAGUACACUUCAGAAACCAUACGAAUCUAUCUCUACCUUUGGAAAGUUAAUUUAACAGCUCUUCACCGAAGUGAAGGUGGCUGGUGGUUGAAGCGGCGAGCUAUUAUCCUUUACAAUAUACCGUCAUAAUCCGUCAAACAUUUUUGCGGGCACGCGAUUGGUCUAAACGCAUCAAGUGAUUAAAUGUGCCCCAACUAAAACUGGAGAAUAUCCGCGGAUAUACCCCAAGUGAUAUUUCCCAAUUUUCAAACCUUACGUCUACUAAGAUAAACUUGAACGUUCGUAUAAAAUUUCCUCUAGAAAUGACAAGGAGAAUGCGUUUAACCAUCAAAGCUUCUGAGGUUGAUGAUCAUCUGCUUUAUUUGCAUGAUCGUUAUGAAUCAUUCAGAACCGUUACUGUAAGUAGAAUUGAAACACAUGCAGGUCAUUUUUUAAGGUUUAAAGGAUUGAAGAAAGUUUCCAUCGUUGAAGUAUAAAAUUCCUUUUGUAACCUUGGUUUCUUUGUUAUCAUAAUCUCCCUUAGCUUACUGGUUGGUGCUUUAGGUUACUUUGUAUUCAAAAAGCGAGCUGAGUUUCGCAGAAUUUCUCACUUGUGUUACUGAGAAUUCCGCACACGCUGGUUCAGUAAUCUUGGAUUGAACACUUUCACUUGAUUCAGGCUUUAUUGUCGAUAAUUCAGUAUCACACGUUCCGUUCUGCGACAUACUUACUCUAUUACAAUCGAAUCCUAGGGUUAGCUAAGGAAAUCCACACCCAGAUACGUAAUUCCGCGUGGGAUUCAAGAUUUUCUCACGUUCUACAACGAUUCGUGGGCACUAAUUUCCUAUUAAACAUGGCUUUACUUGCACAAUCAUGCUGCUAAGUUCCUACGCGCUUAAACGCCCGGCAAAUACCUAAUUUCAUACAGCACUGUUCACAGAACUAAUUUGAUUAUCCUAUUUGAUUAUCCUAUUUGAUUAUCCUAUUUGAUUAUCCUAUUAUCCUGUUACAUGCUACUUUUAAUUGCAAUGUUAACUCUGUCCUUUAACGGUAACGAAAUUAAAACUCACUUAAUACACAAUCAAAUUUAUAAUAAAUCCAGGAAAUACAUUUUUGCGUGGAAACAUUUCACAAUAGCGUAAGGGAAAAAUUGAAUUCACUUCUGCCCUGAAACAGACGCUUUGGACUUUCCCAUUGCAUAUUUUUCAUUUAACCUCCAACGAACGUAUCGAUUUUUCUGCUGUUUUCUUUGAAAUGAAUUUCAAUCAGUUUACUUAAGCCCGCUGAAGAUAAAAUCAAAGACAGAUACGCUUUGACAGGCACGUUUUAAGUUACUGCAUCACGCGCGACGAGCCGGAAAAGAAAAAAAAAAGUCCCAAAUGUGAGUGGUCAGCGGUGAAACAACUUUAACAGAUCGUGCAGUAGUUGAGGGAAACAAUCGUGUUAUAAAGCCGAAAUGUCAUCAAGUUAUACUCCGCUAAUUAAAAAGUUAAGCAAUUUUCCAAGAGCUCUGACUGUAACAAUAUUUUUUACUGCGAAAUUAACCAACAGAGGCAUCGGGAAAGGCAUCAGUGACGCCGGGAAAGGCUUCAAAAGGAAUGAUAUUUGCGUUUUGUAACUUGUUGUGAAAAAAAAAGUAUGUUGACUUCCGGUUGUGCAAGGCGUUAAUCACAGUUGGCUUACUUUUCACUUAAAUUUUGCAAUCUCGACUGUCUUUUCUGGAAAAAUGAAAAGCUAAGUAACUCUAAAAAGACGUACCGGUAGUUCUCGAUUUUUGAGUCUUAAACAAGUUUGUAUCCACAGCCUAAGAUAAGAAAUUUAAAAUUUCCAUCAACUGAAGUUCUCUCACUGUCUAUUCAGUAGAUGUAUUCAAUCGCCUCCAUUUCACGUGAAAAAAAGGGAUGUAGGAAAACUGUGAGCUUCGAGAAACAGCCAAAUUAAGGCUAAUGAGUUUGCCGUUCCUCAAAUAAUUAUAAUCAAGGCCACUCGUUUAGGAAACGUUUUCUUAAAAGAUCCAGAUGUUAAAAUAAUUCUGUUUUUGCCUCUUGUUGUCACUAUUUAUCAUAACAAGCAUUUUUCUACUUAUUAGAAAUUCAACUUCCAACGUUUUGUAUAUUAAUUAACUGAAGAUGACAGAAGUUUCUGUUGAAACAUGUUUUACAAACUUGAAAGUUUUGUCGUUUUCUUUAAAUUAUUGAAUUGCCUGCUACUAUCAAGAUUAAUUUUUUUCCUUUUCAAUUUAACCAAUGCUCUCGGGAUGUCACCGAUGCCUCUCCCGUUGACUCGUUUAUUACAGCAGUAAAAGAUUUAUGUAUAGUCAACAUUUUGGUAAAGUUGCUUAACUUUUUGUUUAGCGAAGUGUACUGAUAACAUUUUGGGAAUUAAAACACGAAUAUUUAUAACUGGAACUACAAAUGAGUUUUUUUUUCCACAACUUAUUUCACCGCUGACCACUCGUAUUUCGGACUUUUUUUCUUCCCCGGCCCGUUGCCCGUGAUGUAGUGACUCCCGCUUGCGUGACUGGAAUUCUAAUUUUUACGACGUAAAUAUCGCGUUGCCACCUUCGUCUGGAAUUUCUUCAUCCUAAAGACGUCCGGUACAUUGUCACUGCACUCGUUAUCAAAGCAAAGGGAAGAUUCUUUUGAGAAUAAGUGCAGAAACUGUUUGAGACUGUAUAGAAUAUUCCAUCCGCUGAGCCUCUGGGCAUCGAAUAUCUACAACAAAGAUCAUUACGGUAAGGUUUCACUCAGUACUAGUUUGGGUGAACGUGACGCCACAGAUAGCUCUCAUGCUUACCUGCACGGUCUAUCGAUGCGUGCAGUAUUGGAUUUGGCCGAACAUAUUUUACCUCCUUUUAGUAAAGAGGAGAUAGACUUGCCUUGAUUUCUUAACAGAAAGGGUUGUUUUGACUUCCUCUGUCCAUCUCCUUUUUGAUCGAAAAAUCUCCACAUAAUCAAUGAUAGUAGUUAAUAACGAACGUCGUAAUCUGCGAUUAGCGGUCGACGUGUUCGUUGUUGUUGAUGUUUUUUUUUUAGUUUGUUUGUUUUAAAGGUCUGUGAGCUCUUCUCUCAUAGGCGCGUUGAUGAUUUCAUUUCAAAUAAAACUUGAUAGCCUAAAAGUAAAUAGCGAUAAAAUAUGGAAAACUCGAGGGUUAUAGACGGAUUACUAAUCCAGCUGUUAAAUUCAACUGCUUGUGGGUCUUUUUAGAGGUACAAAGAUCAGAUUGUUAUCUUGGAAGAUCAUGGAUUUGGUGACAGCACUUAGAUAAUUUUAAUAACAUGCUAUCUGUGAGGAGUAAGUCUUUUAUUGGUUACAUUCGAUGGCUGCUCAAUGAUUAUGAUGUUGACACGGAUUCAUACCUUCAGAGAAACUUCAGAAAGGGGUGGGGGGAGGCAUGGGCAGUCUCCUUCCCGCUCCCUCCGGUUGUGAGGAUAUCUUGCAACGAGGUUGCGUGAAAAGUCUACGUGAGUCUUAGCCACAUUUCAUUUUUUAAAUCCUGCUUAUGGUUUUAUUUGCGGUAUGUUUGUAGUCAUUUGAACAGACGUAUCAUAUUUUCACCUGAAAUGAGGAUGAAGUUGACAUGCGCCAAUAAUCGUAGAGGAACAAACACCAAAAAUAUUUGAGUGAAAACUCAAAUUGUCUCAUUUGCUCAUAACAGUGUUUCGAUAAACAGAGAAAAUAUAUGGUCAUUCGAUUUCUCUUUGCAUAACAGGGCUGAUUAUACAGAACAGGAGAUUAUAACCAAGAAGCCCCUAAGAUUUCGUGGUCGCGUCAAACUGCGAGAGGUUUAAUAAUGUGUCUCAUUUGGGCGCAGACGUUUCUUUAAGGGUGUAGCGGGGAGAGAUGGAAAAUAACAGGAGAAGCUAAAGGUCUCAAACUGGCAACUGCGCCAGUCUACAUCUUCUUACUAGUAGCGUUUUGUCUCUUCUGGGAAACACUCACACACAUGCUCUGAGAUGCUAACAUCUGGUGGCCUCAGGUGCACUCCGCGUUGCGUGACAUCCCUGAAAUGCGGGAUGCAGAGGAGAUUAAAGUCGCGCGUUGGUGUGCGGGUUUGACCAAUAAGAGUCUUGAGGUUAAGCUUUUAAGCGAUUUGCAGUAUUUGAAUCACGAACAGUCUGCUGUCUCAAUAAUGCUUUUAACUCUCUGGAAGCAACCGGGUGUGUGCUAGGAGCAAGGUUAUCUUCAUGAUCCAUAAAGCUUUUGGCUUCGCCUCGCGACAUAGAAAGAGAGAAGAAAGAGGAAAGAGAAAUUAUUUUGAAAAUUGUUCAUUGCGGUGUACGUUUCUUUAUUUUGAGUACCGCUUGAGACUCAGCGUGAAGUGAUACUGAAUAGAAAAAGUUAUCUAUAUUUAUGGUGUGCCCGUCACCGCAAAACAUUAAUAGUCCUGACUAUCUAACAAAGUUGGAUACUUCUAAAACGCCCGGGCAGAUUUCGCUUGAAAUAUCGUUUACAGUUAUUUUUAAAUAGCACCUGACCAGACAUCGCGGGAGGGUUUUGCCGAACAUGUCACCCAAGUCUCUCUCGUUUUCUAAACUAUUAUGGCGGCUCUAAAUAGUCCGCCCAACACUGAAUAACUCCCUAUGCAAAUUUGUACGCCUACAUAAACAACUUCCUAUUGCGUCACUGCUAAUAACUUUUUAUAUAUUAUUAUACAUUUAUAUGAUGUUUUUACCAUUGUUCAGUUAGACCAUGAUCGUGAAUAUAUUUUUGGUUCUUCUGGCUCUUCUCGGUGUUGCUGUUGCCCAGGCCCCAGGUUAGUCAUUUUAGCACGGUUGUGCUCUGUUCCAAGUAAAAGUGCUCCACAGUUUCAAUAAGACUUAUGAUUCUUCUGUUGUUCAUCGCAGACACUUGCCCCGCACCUCCUAAGAACCUUCUUUGUUUCAUUGGACUGAAGAACACGUGCACUGACAGCAUCAAGUGCCGGAAAGGGACACUGUGUUGUGAUGAUGGCUGUCGAAGACGCUGCAGGGACCCGUCAAAUGACAGUAGGGGUGCUGGCCAAGGUACCAAAAUUGCACCCACGCGCAUUUUUUUCUUGUCUAUCGUAGGAAGCAAAUUUUUUAUGUCUACUGUAGGAAGAAAAUUAAGAGUUCCCUUAUUGGGAUUUUUCUUGUUUAAUUUCUACAGCUAGUCCUCGAUCGGGAACCUGUCCAUCGCAGCUGUCCCCGCCUCCAGGCCCCUGUGUGUCGGAUUCGGACGAGUGUAUGUUUGAUUGGGAUUGUCCGGGAUCCACAAAAAAAUGCUGCUCUAACAACUGCUUCAAAGAAUGUGUUGACCCUAGUAUUGGCGCUCUUCGAGGUACCACUUAAAUAUUAGUAACAUUUUGAAAAUUUCUUUGUUUUUUUUGUUUUUGCCUGCGUUUUAAGCGGGUGCGGAUGACUGAGACUCGCAUGCGCAUGAGAAUUUUUACCCGCGCGUGGGUUUAAGGGAGCUCUUUAUUCCCAGGAGACUGCUUUCUCAUGUACGUGUUACAUGUCCUCUCGCCCAAGGCAUCUUACGUAUGCCGCGAGUUGUUCUUAGCACGUCUCAUCAUAGAGUCAUUGAAUAGUGUUACUGUACAUGAUUACACGCGUGAUCAGCGCGCGCGGAAGAACAAAAUGGUAGUUUAAACGUAUUGGCGAGAGCUCAUCUCCUUGUGAGGCAAAUCAUCAUUUGAUAUCAUCGAUAGUGGUAUGAUUACUAUUAAAGUCUGCACUAAUCAGUGGUGCGUUGCACCCCGGUUAAAAUAUCUGGAUUCGAACUCGGGAAAAGGUAAUUGUUAUGUUCUUGAGCAAAGAGAAUAAAUCAUCUAGGGACCAGUCGUUCAAAGGGCGGAUAACGCCCUCCCACGGAUAAAUCGCUCACAAACGUACUGCGCUAUCCACCGGAUUGACAUUUAUACCGUGGAUAGCGUUAUCCACCUUUCAAAAAACCGGGGCCAGGAGUAUAGACAAUUACUAAUGAACCGUGGGGAAACCUGGGCAGUUUCGAUGGACGGAUAACGCGUUACCACGGAUGAAUUGCUACCCCGCGUAUAGGGGUUAACAGAACCUACUGUGCUAUCCUCUGGAUUUUUCUGUGGACAGCGUCAUCCACUCUUCGAACGACCAUAGCCUGUCCAUUCGUAGGGGAGUAACUUGCGUCCUAUUAACAACCCACUCAGGUAGAGUGACAACGCCGCUGGUCACCUUAUGAUAAUGAAAUCAGCAAAGGCUCAACGACAAUGGGCCACCUUGCUCGAGUGCAGAUUACGCUAAGGUUGAAAAAUCUUCUCACAGAUUCUAUUCGAGAGAGGUAGCCUUAAAACUUUACAAUGGCUUUAAGUGUAACAUAAGAAUUUGGACUCUGCUCUCAGUAAACCCACGCGCGCUCGAUCAAGUAUUUUAACAGAGUCUGAAACUUUUGCUUACUAUUUUGUUUAUUCCAGCCAGCUGUCCUCCACAGAAGAAAUCUAUUAGCUGCUUCAUAAACCUCAAGAACCAAUGUUCCAAGGACUCGGAUUGUAGCUACCUUCCAGGAGGACUUUGUUGUUUUGACGGCUGCCGCCGAAGAUGCGCUGAUUCCAAAGGUUUUCCUGGUAGACUAGAAAGUAAGUUAGUACAUCCUGUGAACAGCCAAAGUAACAUUUCUUUGGUUUUUAAGCAAAACCGUGAGGGUUGUCACAAUUCGUCAAAAACGUAGCUUUGCAGUUUGCCUUUCGUAAUUCGUGUUUCACAAAAUUUUACUGGUGGAUGAGGAUGGCUCUGUGAUUGGUCAAGAAAACUCACACCAUCCGCUCGACCAAUCAGAUUCAAAACUUAAACAAAGCACGAUUUCGUUUUCUGUAGGUGCUUACCAUUAAGCCAAAAGUCUGGAAAUUUCGGUCGUAGGUCACAUGGUAAGGAAAUGUUCCGAAAAGCUUCGUGAGAAAAUUGUGUAGUACCUACAAAGUUACAUGUACUCCUCUUUAGCCGUUCAGUAUGGAGCGGCGAAAAACUCCCUACCAUUUGAAUGAAUCUUCUGUUUCCAGACCAUUUCCGCGCGGUUUGUGUCAUCUUGGAAAUGAUACGCAAAUCUCAUCCGGUUGGACUCUUACCAUCAUGUUACAAUUAAACCAACCGGAUUUUUCCCACAAAUGGUAAGCAUCCUGUGACUCCCGGUGCUUGAGGGUGUUUUUUUUUUUUCUUUUUUUCUUUUUCGUUUUGCCUGCUUUUAGCCACUGGGUUAGUCAAAUGCUACAGAAUGACUUCAAAUUAUACCUUUUAACAGGUUUCGACUUUCCUUUCAGCUGACAGACCCGGGCAAUGUCCAUCCACUAAACCACCACGGCCGUGCAUUUCAGACUCAGAUGAGUGUGAAUUCGAUGGGGAUUGUUAUCCGGGAAAGAAAUGCUGUGAUAACACGUGCUUCACGCGAUGUUUGGAUCCUGUGGGUCUGGGAACUAACACUAGUCAAUCUGGCUUAGGACCUAAUAUUGGUGAAGGUAAGUCGAAUAUUAAGGGCUUGUUUAAACUUGCGUUGUUCCCAGGCUCCCUCCGUGGUCUGAGUGCGGUGCAUUGGUGCUGUGUUAUACGUUCAAACAGAUCUGAAUCGAAAGACCUAGCUUAUCUCAAACCUCUGCGGGCUCGCGCAAGGAAAUCUUAGGAAAGUUAUAUUAGGGGACUACGAAGAAAUGAAAAACAGCCGCGUAUUCUGCUCUGUUUAAUAAAGAAUAUACUUCAGAAACCAUAUGACUUAAGAAAUUCGUCUUGGGACGCCGCCAUUGCCGCUCAUUUAACAGACUUCAGCUCACAAUACGGCCGCGCUCGAAACGUAUCAAUUCUGACACUGAAAGAAAUUAGCUGUAACCCAUGUCCAUUGAGAAGACAAAACUGCUCAUCGAUUUUUAAAAGAAGACAACUAAUGAAAAGUAACUGGGGUAAGUUUCUAUAGAAACUAUGGUGUUACAUCGGUGGGAAUAUGACAAGAUGACUUGUUUUUAUCAACUGAGUUGAUAAUGCAAAUUGGUUCCCGCAAAAAGUUUCUUAAGUUAACGUUUCGAGCGUUAGCAUUUCGUUAAAGCAAAUAAAGGAAUCGUGGGUGAUUUUUGUGGUUUAUAUACGGAAAGAUGGAGUUGCACUAUAGGUUGUAAAAUGGUAACGUUAAAAAACCUAUAAUAAAUUAGUUGAAUCGGUAAAAAAAAGUUUACUGAUACCGUGAAGAUCAAGGAUGCCGAUUUGAAAGAUAAUUUGUUAUACUUGAGUUUUGCAGUUUUCCGAGCUGCUUAGAUGUAGGAAAAGGUUGCAGACUGCCUUUGUGACUUAGAAUGAUAAGGGAGAUGAGAGAGUAUAGUGUGUCAAAGCGUUUCCAUGGAUACAGGGUUUCUUAAGGUCGUUUAUUUUUAUAUUUACGAUCAGUCAUUCAGGGAGAAGCGGCGGGAAAAUGUCCCAUCGUCUCUAAUUCAACCCGGUGCCAUAUUGGACUUGCGCAUACCUGUAACAAUGAUGUGGAAUGCCCUAAUGGUACCUACUGCUGUUUUGAUGGUUGUAGGAGGAAAUGUUUGGAUACUGAGGGCAACUCGGCUGGAGCGCAAGGUACAGACCUCUAUGAUGAGCUGACGAUGCACGACUUUUUAAAAAAUGCUUUAAGCACAGUAUAUUUUAUGGAAAUUAUGAUGUAAGAGGUGUGACGUGAGUUAAAAAGCGGAAAAAACAAAAAAUGGAGAACGAAAAUAUCUGGUCCGAAAAAAGCGAUCCCAAAGAUUGUUAUAAAACAGGAAUCAAUCCCAACAUUUUCAAGUUCUGGUAAUUAAUUAAAGUUUUCCACAUUCGUUUACCUGUAAAAUUUGUUUAUCAUCAUGACGUUUUGCCAUCACUUAACAAAUGUAAUUUAAGCCCGGUAUCUUAAAUACUCUCCACAAUAAUUUUAGGUGAAGAUAAAAAAGGAUUGUGCCCAGUCCUCCAGCGACCGGAACUGUGCGUGUCCGACGUGGACGAAUGUUUUAUUGACUGGGACUGUGUUGGGGACUUGAAGUGCUGUUCCAAUGAAUGCUAUAAAGUCUGUACGGCGCCUGCGCUGUUGAUAGGAAGACUUGUGGCUGCAGCAGGUAGUGUAACGUAGUAGUGUAAUUCAAGGAUGCAAUACGAUACUACAGAUAGUGACCACAACAACCUGACUGUUGGAAAGGGUUCUGAAACAACCAGACGCGAAUUUUAAUGACACUUUUGGAAGACACAGUGGACGUCGGUUAGUGCACUGCAAUCCAGGUCGUAAGGUCUGGGUGCGAGACCUGAUCGGGCAUUGUGUAAUGUCCUGGGGCAAAACACUUUAAUUUUAGGGUGCCUCUCUCCAUUCAACACUAUAACAAAGGCCUCCAUGACCACGUCGUCGUCUUUCGCGUGCGCGUCGUUGUUUUCGUUAUCAAGAGUUGCUCCUACGUCUCUGAGCUUUUGAGUUCUGGAGAAGUGAACGUUUCUUCGCCAGAGCUUGAUGACGAUCUUAUUCUCCUUUUUCUGAAGAAGUUGGAUAAACCUUCGGCCAUGUGUUGUUAAAAUAGGACUUGAAUGUGGCGUACGGCUUUCAGUAAGCUCCUCAUGACGCCAUCACUCUUUACAUCAACAAGGUGGCCCUGUGUUUUGCCAGUUCCGUAAAAUGUAUUACCAUUUUACUUUUCUUCGCAGUCAAAUGUCCAGAACCUGUGGCGUAUAAACGCUGUCCUCAAUCAAUGAAGCAUCUGUGUGACGAUUCCAAGCAGUGUCCCACUGGUACACAUUGUUGCUUUGAUGGCUGUAGACGAAGGUGCAUCUCUACUGAGCCCGCGCCAGGUACUGGUUUUUUUGUUGAUGAAUUGUCUACAUCUAAUCAAGCAAUUUACAAUUGGCGUUGAAUGUAAUGUAGUAUCGCAUUGCUUUUGCCUCAGAAAGCUCAGAAAGCCUUCAAUCGCAAUCGCGAAUGAAAAGAAGCCGUAAUUUUUUUUAAUAAAAAAACUCGUCCCGCCCUCUCAACCAAGAAAAUGAAAAAUGAAGACCGCUCGUUACUUAAUGACUCGCGAUUUUACUGCGCAUAGAGUGCUGUGGCUUCAUUACUUGCUCUUUGGAGGGAGUUUGCUCAGCAUGGUAUUUAGUCCCUUGGCUAGAAGAAUAUUAAAAAAAAAAGACAAAAGACAAAAAAAAAACAGAUUGCAUAGAAUUAUUUCUACACCGAUCCAUGAAUAUUCUUGGCAUUGUCUAAUUAUGCAGUUAACUCUCGCCCUGCUGACACUUUGUAAUUGCGCAAGUACCGUUACAUGUAGCUGUAGUUUCAAAAACCUACACAAGCUCUUACGCUCUUGAUAUGAGGGGAAACACUGGACUUUAUCCUUUACAUCACAAGCUUUUGUAUGAAAAUUGUAAAUUCUUUUUCCAGAUACUUGUCCUAAAGCCGGCAAAAAUCUGAUCUGCCCGGUUGGACUCAGAAACACAUGCGUGGAUAAGGAUUCGUGUCUGGAAGGAACCAUUUGCUGUCACGAUGGAUGCAGACGGCGCUGUAGGAGCCUGCCUUCUAGCACCAGUCGGCCCUCGACGAAAGGUACAAUACAUGCUUGUUUACUUUUUUUCUGUAUCUUUUGUCGCAUAAUUUUCCUCGCUUGAAUUUUUUUGGCUCUCGAAAAUCCCCGACUCCCAAAACUGAAGUUUUUCAGAUUUUUAAGAAAAUUUUAUUGCGGCGGUUUUUUUUUUCAGUGAAGAGCGGGGGGAGGGAUUGAAAAGACGCCGUAAUUUUAGAACUACAGGGCGGACUUCGAGUUAGUGGGACUGUUUGAUUGCUGCGAAGCCAGUGGGAUUUCGUGGUUCCCUUUAUCGUAUGUACACUCUAAAACUUCCUCAAUAUACCUUGAUAAAUCAAUCUUUUCGCUUCUCCUUCGUUUGAAAUGUUGUCUUCAAAAUACCUUGCAGCUAUACCUAGGCCAGGAAUUUGUCCUCCGCUUACUCCUCCAUCCGAAUUCUGCCCGUCUGAUUAUGAUGAAUGCAAGUAUGACUGGGAUUGCGACGAACCAUCCAAAAAAUGCUGUUCAAACGGUUGCUAUAAAAUCUGCGCUUCUCUUGCUGUGGCAGCAGUACAACUCCAAGGUAUGUAAGGUGCACCUGCUAGAUUUAAAACGACCGGAACAUCGGUAGAUUUGGUAGAUUUGGCAUGAAAAUAGGACAUGUAGAUUCCUGCUACGUACAAGCUUUUCGAUAAAAGAAAUCGCACAUUUCUUUGCUAGGUUUCACGUCUUGUUUACAAUGAAAAAGGUUUGUUGACAACGUGCGCAUGUUUGUAUUGAAGCCACACGUUGCCAUCGCUAAUUCCCUCUCUUCUUUUAAAGGUCGUACAGCAGUUACCCUUUCAAACCAUUUAACUUGAAAGAUUCAAAAUGUCCAAACAUUUCUUUUUUGCCUGGUCCUUAAUUAGUCCAUGAUUUUUCCAAACUUUCAUUACUUUUCUGUCCGAAAGUUAAUUAAAACUGUAAUGAGAAUUUCGGGCGUAAUGACUCGUGCAAUUAAAAAUCUCAAAUGUAAGGCAGCGGUCCUCUGAUGAUCCACAGAAAAAACGAUUUUUUUUAGUCAGUAAGCAGCAUGGUAAUUCCAACUCUGUUUGUAACUAAGAGUGAUUAUGAUAAUUCAUGGACAAAGUUUGAUUGGCUGAUUCUUUAUUUACAAUGUGUCAAUUAAUUACAGUAGAGUUGUAAUUCAUUUUAAAAAUGAAAUGAAAGUAUACUUUGGUUCAUGGAGCGCACGCGUUAGGUGGUAAUAAAAAACGAUAUUAACAAAGAGACAUAUAUCCAACUCUCACCAGAAGACUAGUCAUUAUUUAUUGCCGGGUGAGGGGGAUGGAGGGGGGUUCAGGUAAUAUUAUUGAGACACAAUCAAAUCCUGCGGCCCCCCCCACCUGCGCCCCCCCCCCCGAAAAUAAUUAUUAACCAGUAGUACGAUAAUUCAUUGUGAGUUCUUGAGAGUAAAAUAGUUUUUCUGUAUUUUUCCGCAAGACAACUGUCCAGCGCCAGAGAAGCCCAAACCUUGUCCAAUGACUCUUCGGAACCAAUGCUUCAAUCACACGGAUUGCAGCUAUCUAUCCGGUGGACUUUGUUGUUAUGAUGGGUGUCGCACAAGAUGCGCUACCGCUGAAGGCUUCCCAGCUCAGAUACAGAGUGAGAUAUUCAAGGAACAAGUGUCUUGUUUUCGAGAAGCUUAGCUUGUUCCAAGCGUUCAGUCAUCAGUUUAAAAGAAGUGCGAUGGUUAAUGGCGCGUUUGUACCGGUUGAGCGAAAACAGAGGAAAGUUUUAGUUUUUUCCGCUUCGCUUCUACCAUCGCGCUGUAUGUUAGUUCACUCCACUUUACUCACUGAACGCCUGGAACAGCCUACGGGGAGCUUCGUCUUUUUUUAAAUGUUUUUAUUUGUUUCUUGCCUUUGUGCGUUUUAUUCUUUGUUUUUUAUUUUUUUCUUCUUUUGUUUGUUUUGUUUGUUGAUGUUGUUUCGGUCAUAGUCUUUCCCUUUUUGGCUGUUUAAAACUGCCUUCAAAAUGUGUUAAGUCCAAUCGUUGGCCUGUCAGUGUACUCAAUCUUUGCAACUGGAUAACUGUUUUUCAGUCGGUGUGUGCUUGAAUCACAGCGAAGUGUUUGACCAGAAAGAUCGACUAUCUGCAUAUUUAUAGAACAAACCUUUUUCUUUCAAAUAGGUUCUCUUAAUCCCAACGGUAUCAACGAACGCUUUUCAUUCAACUGAUAUAUUCUCGUUUUUCACGUUAUCAUGUUUUCACCGAUAGCGUAGCUCCUUUUUUCUGCAUAUAGAACACGCACAACCCUGUGGUUAUUCCGUGUUUCAGAGCCAAGGCCUGGUAACUGCCCCAACCUCAUCCAACCCGAAUUUUGCGCUCCACACUUCGACGAAUGUCAAAACGAUGGAGACUGCUUUCCUGUAAAGAAGUGUUGUAGUAAUAACUGCUUCAACAGAUGUGUAAAUCCAGUUUUUGGUGAUGUUGGUUUAGGUAAGUUCAAAUACUCCCGAGUCCACCCUAGAAAUUAAAUGUUUGAGUAGGUCUUUGAGGCUUACCGAAUGAACGGGUUUCGUGAAAUUCUGCACUUUCAUACAAUAUUAGAAUUUCGGGAAGCUCUCCCUCGCCGGCUCGCAUUCAAAUGGUGGGUAACUGCUCAAUCGAACAGCAUAACAAUUUUAAUUUGCUUGAAUUUUUAGCAAUUUUCAGUGUAUAGUUUCCUGGUCGGUCGUUUCGUGAUUUGUCAAGGAAACUAUCUCUGCAUUGUCAACAUAUGAGUUACGAAAGUGAAACCAUUUGCAAAUGUGUCGCUCGUAUGUCCUCAUGUUUUCGGCAGUUUGCAGGUUUUUAAUUUAGGUUCUGAAUCGUUUACUCGCCCGUCGUGAGACGGUUAAAAAUUGUUUCCGAAGCCCGUGCGUUUUAGGUCAGUAGAGAGACUGGUGAAGGAACAGCUGUCUCUAUUCAUAACUCUAUAGAAACGCUCCGUAUAGUUGUCUCGUGGGGGAGGGUUGUCACGGGCUUUCAGGGCAUAAGGUAAACGCACGCACACCACACGUUUUAACACGCUCGCACCCUAAUGCCAUGACACGCUUACCGUGCAGAUAUGCGCAUAAAAACAAUUUAUUUUGGAAAGCGUGUUUGUAGCCAUUGUUCAUAUCUGGCUAACACGGUAGAGCUUUGUUUCUACAGCACGCUAGAUUUUUUUGUUUUGUUUUAACACGCUAAGUUCCUUUGUUUCCUUAACACGCUAGCUUAUCUUGUACAACCCAGCUCACUAAGUUACUUGUGUUUGUCAGCGUCUUAAUCGUGAGAUUGGUGUUUGUAAAGUAUAUUACUUACAGAAUAGAAGCAAAAAUGAAGAACAUCUUCUGUCUUGUUCGAAAGUUCUAAUAAAAAAGGAAACAUUCACGGCAAAUCACGGCUCUUUCCCUCAGGAUUUUACCGUGCUAGAAGCUAGUUCUUUUGUUUUAGCGUAAGAGCGGGCUGUGUGCGUGCGUUCACCUUAUUCCCUGAAACCCCGUGGAGGGUCACAAAUAAAUAGGUAUUCUAGAAGUAUAAGCGGGCGAGCAAAGACUUGACAUAAAAUAAUUUCGUUCUCUCUUUGUUCGUGGGGAAAUUUCAUACUGAAUAAAUUACCGAGGAGCCCGUAUUAAUGUUGGUUUGGUCAUCAGCCAGCUUUUUUAGUAACUGCACCCGUCGUUAAAGGAAUGAUACUCGAGAUCUAAAAAGUUAACACUUGUUGUUCUCUCCUCUUUCAGUCAACACUACUUCAGUUAACAAGUGUCCUGACACUAAAAAAUCAAGUACGUGUCAUGUGGGGCUGAAAAACACAUGCAAUAAUGAUGCUGAAUGUGCAAAUGGCACCUACUGCUGUUUCACGGGCUGUAGGAGGCAGUGCUGGGAUCCAAAGACUAGGUCCUCGUCAACACUGAGUAAGGAUUGGUUUGUGUUAUGCGUCAUAAAUGAGAGAUAAAAGCUCGGAAAUGUCAUUUACUAAGGCGCUGACAAGGAGAAUGUGUUUAGCAAUGAAGAGUUUCUUUAGUUAGUGAUCAUUUCCUUUAUUCUCAUGACAUUAAUGUGUGAUUCAGUGGUGAUAUUGUAAGGAGAAAUUAGAUUUCAGUCACUCUUAGGGACUAAAGGGCAAAUAGGCAUUUUUUUUUCCCCCUCAGUUGCCUCUUAGUGUGAGAAUUUUUCACACCUAACUCCCUUUGGAAGUUGCGAUAAAAAAAAAGAAAGUUUAAUUAGAAUCUGUCGUUACUUCGACUCCCCUUGGGAGUAUUCCUUUAUUUGUUCUUAGAAGCUACGUGCAAAAACGAGUGUCAAGUGUUUGUUAGUUAUCUUUAUUUUACUUUUGCUGUCCGGUUUUCUUUAAUUUUGCGGUAAACAGUUCGAAACCCUCACUGCGAAGAUGACAUUGGAGUCGUUAUGAUAUAAUUUUGCUGAUCGAUAUACAAUUAACAAUUGGUUCAUACGUCAGCGUGCGUUCAUCGAGAUAUGAAGCACGCGGGAAGUUUUGAGAGCACGAAAGAUGUGUAAGAGUUGCUCGAGGCGUAGCCGAGAGCAACUCUAGCUUCUUGAGCGUUCUCCAAACUUCCCAAGUGCUUCAUAUCUCGAUGAACACACAGCUGACGUAUGAACCAAUUGUUUUAUAACAUUUUCAACCUGAUGAAAAAUUUUUUUUCUGGAGGGACUUGUUUGCUGACGUCAUGAGCGUGCACAAUAGGAAUAUGAAGCACGCUCGCGUAAUUGAAUUUGAUUAGACAAAUUUACUGGCUAUGUUAUAAAUUUAGUUUGUCUAUUGAGCCGUUGAGAGCAGCCUUUAAGUUAGGAAUUUUGGAGCAAAAGUAGUGCGACGGUACUGACUGAAUUCGAUAGGAUACUGCAUUUUCUAGAAGUACAGUUCCUGUCCUUUCACCAAGAUCAGUCAACUAAAUUCUUUUAGAAAGCGAGACGAAUCGAACAAUGGGAAACCUUGUAGGUAAGAGCGAUUUGCUCUACUUUCAUCCCUGUGGCUUAGAAAUACCUUAUGUCCCUGUUUUUGCUAGAAACGGUGAGGUCUCUCUCGUUCAUGGGAAAAAGUGCUCAAAUAUUUGUUUUUUUAUACAUUGUGAGAAUUAGUUUUUCAACCAAAAACAUAUGACAGCUACCGUGUAGCCACGGUUACUUUCCCAUGAGCUAAAAGUUGCUUUUUUUUCUCCAAUCGAAUUGCUGCGAUGUCAUCUUUUUUAAAAGAUAAGAAAGGCACGUGCCCAGUGCUUCAGUCGCCUCCUCCUCCAUGUGUAUCAGAUGCGGACGAGUGUUUCAUGGACAACGACUGCGUCAAAGACAAAAAGUGCUGCUCCAAUGGAUGCUACAGAAUUUGCGUGGCUCCCUCGGCAAAAGCCAUAGGUUCUCUUACUACAGGUGGGUUCACCUCAUAUCUUUAUCUUCCAACACUGCUAUAGGGUCAUGCCACCGUAUGCAAUGAUCAGUCUCCAUGGUGGCCGUAAUUGCUGCCCGCUGCCUUCAACGCCGAAAGAAAAAAAAGAAUACACGGUGGUUAGUUAGCCGUUGCCUAGUAUUAGUGAACUUAAGCAAACCACGACGACGAUGGCAACGAAGACGUGGCCAAGGAAGAGAUCUAAUGAGCAGAACAAUAGCUCAGCACUUGCGUUUAAAAGCGUUUUAAAACUUUGUACGUAUCUUAGCCGUCAUCUGAAACACAACUGGGGAAAAUCACCAAAACUUUGCGUGGUAUGAGAACGGAAAACUCAAAUGGAAAAUUAUUUAAGUUUCUAUUCGGAACUCAAUGCUACUCACAAAUGUCAUGCUGGGGCUAAAGUCAUCCUGCCAUUUGCGAAAUUCUCACUAAAAAUAUGAAUUCAUUUUUUUUAAUUGAUGUCUUCCUCGGGGUUGUCUUCGUGACCGCUCAAGGUCCCUAGGAUUUAUCCACUAGUGUCUCAUUGGAACUAGAGGGCCUACCGAUCCGUUUCUUUUUCCCUAAUUUUUUAGUCAAGAAAUUGUUUUUCUCUUCUUUUGCUAGUCAAUUGCCCCCAACCGACAGAGUAUCAUUGUGCUACCUCUCUGAAGCACCAGUGUGACGAUACGGAAGAUUGCUCAGUCGACCAGGUUUGCUGUUUUGAUGGCUGUCGAAGAAGAUGUAUCGACUACGAAAGCGGGCAAAUAACAAGUUUGUAAAACUGACUUAUGAAUCUCUUUGUAUGUAAUUAAGAAAGUGAUACAGAAAGGUCCUAUAUAGGAACCCUUCCCCACUGAUCCGCAUAUAUUGUCUUUCCAAAACGGAACUUUUAUAAAAGAAUUUUCAAAGUGGAUGUGAAGAGGGAAAUUCCACAAAAAGUGGACGUCAAUCAUCUGUUAAUUUUUGAUGAGAUCAUUUGACUUUAUUAUGCGCAUGCUCAAGGAAUCAGGCGAGUAUCUACUUUUUGUCCAUGAUAGUAGGGUUUUCGACUUUAACCGGCAUUCUGAGGGCAGAAAAUCACUAAAAAUUUGAUUGCCUUCUUAUUUUCGAAAUUAUUCCGCGCUCUGUGAACAGGACUGUAACAAAGAAAAGAAAGAGCAGGAACCGAGGAGAACAGAGGAAAAAAAGAAUGAAAAAAUGGGCUCAUUACCUGUAAUAAAAACUGCAAUUUUCUGACACCAGAAGUUAGUCUAAAAUCUUUAAUUGAAGUGAGUCAGCAAUUAUUGACUGUUUUAUACGUUUUCCGAUGUAGUACCCAUAAAUCUGUUCCAAGGUGGUGGUAUCCUCUGCAUUUCCACUAGUCCCCUUCGCAGCCGUCGUUUGGUCUCAUCACGCAACUCACUUUCAGCUGGGUGAGAGAGUGCGUUGCGUGAACGCAACGGCUGCGAAGGGGACUACGUUCCCACUGACUUUACUAAUAUUUCAAAAAUUUAACGUUCGAUAAUAAUUAUUUCGUGUGGUGUCAUAUGUCUUCAUACCAGUGACAACAACAUGCCACGCGAUGUGUUUCCUCUGUGAGUAGUGCGGGACGGGUGCAAGUUUCGGAAUGGCCGUCGUGUUUGUUUACCUCCUGGCCCUUACUGCGCUAGAAAUUGCUUUUGUUAAUGGAGAAGGAAAGCGUAACAUAUCUUACGGUACGUUCUGACUGUUUCUGAUUUGUUCGCGUUUUGUUUUCGUUUCUGUGCAGUGAUAAUCAUCAUCGAUGAAAGAAGUAUUAUUCUUCCACUUUGUUCGUCAAUCUGCAGAUAGUUGCUCUUUGAUCUAAAAAAGGCAAAGAGUCCUACAUACGAUUGCCAUCGCUCAAUUGUGAUACUCGUAAAAGAAGAGAAAUCUUACUCGAGGACCAGCUAAAAGAGAACUCUUAGAAAAUAAUGAGUUCUUGUUAAUUGUUCCCGUCAAAGGCUUGUGGUGUAGACAGCCACUUACUGAGGUCGCCGGCAAUCCACACACAAGACUUUUCCUUUCAACAUGUUGAUAUGUCUGUGUUUCAGACACCCUUUUGAAUCAGCUUUAAACGUCAGAAAUCUUUCAAUAUGUCUUCCAGCUGCUCCACCAAACAGAUUUAUUUCUAUUUUUCUCGGUCACAAAGUUCAGUUUCACGUGUGUCGGGAUCAUUGGAAAGUCAUUUGAGAUCGUUGUUAGAUGAGUUGCUAAAUUGCAAAGGGAAAAAAUAUUAUUUUUUGGAUUUUCCUUUGAAUCAGGGCAAUCUUCAAGAGAUUUUUCAAAUACAAACCGGUUGAAAAAGCUUGCACUUGCAAACCUCUUGUAUUCUCUCGUUGCUCAAGGCCGCAAACUUUUUUGCGAAGAAAUUCUCGUACUAAAGCGGUAGUAAAGAAGGCUUUCUUACAAGCUAAUUGUAAGACAAAUUAUCAAAAUUCCUCUCUGGGGAGUUCCCACGCUAUCACCGGAAACGGCAGAAAUCUUAGCUGUCAUUAAAAAGUCUUAGAAACACAUCAGUUACUUGACAUUUGGAUGUAUUCUUCUGUUUGUUUCAUUACUGUGUUUGUUUGUUUGUUUUUCUUUUUUGCUCUUUAAGUGACAUAUUAUUGUUAUCGUGUGCAACAUUUUCGAGGCGAAUUCGAUUCAUUUUAACGAGCUUUAGGUUAUAAUUAUAAUUAAGAUUAUAAUUAGCUGUAUAUGAUACUCUUCUUUUCUAGCGCUUGUAACCUCAUUAGAGUCGCGCAACAAAAAUUAACAUUUUUGCGGUUAAAACUGUCCGAGUGAAGACUGAACAGUCCUACGGUAAAAACUGUUGGAAUGCCAUGUAUCAACUUAGACAAAACUUCUACCAGUGGGUGUGGAGGCGUCUGGUUUUUAAAAGGCUCUAGACCACCUUCAACCCCUAAACUAGUGAUAGUGACAUUGUCCUUUGCCUGCUCCAGGCGUCCAGCAAGUAAAGCGGUGCGAAAUCCGAAUAAAUUCGUAGAAAGCGCGAUAGUAGCGGCAGAGCUUCGUAAAAAACCCCUCUAUUCAAGAACUCAAACGUGAAAAAGAGACAUCGCUUACACUCAAUUUCAAGUGCUGUUUAUAAUGUGUGCAAUUUUUAAAGAGAAGGACCAUGGGACAGAAUUUCCUACAUUCGAUUAUUAAAAAAAAUAAAGGAGAUGCAUCACGGUUUUUCGAGUUGAAGGUGUUUUUGAAAAAACAGUGAAAAACACCUUCAACUUGCAGAAAAUUUCAAUAAAAUAUUAUUUUAAUUUGAUACAAAAACUAAAAGAGCCAAUGACUAACCAAGAAUGAACCAGGAUUGUUAACCCUUUAACUCCCACGAGUGACCAAGACAAAAUUUUUCCUUACAAUAUCAACACAUUAUCAACCAAAUAAGUAAUGAGAAAAAAGAAAAAUAUCAAUUUGGGGAUAAUGAUUGAUCCAAUACUAAAUUAUCUGAGCUAAUAUCAUAAGAAUUGUAUUGUUGUCAGUAAGGAGAAUUACAAAUUUGAUCUGGGAGUUAAAGGGUUUAGGAUGGAGGAGAUUUACUCGGGUUGUAGCUGGCAGCAUUUGGGCUCAAACUGCGACGCACCCUGGUCGAUAUUCUCGAAUGUAAUUAUGGCAAAAGGCAUGACAAGUGCCCGCUUACUUAGUCGAGUCAUACGAGGGAACUUCAUACAUUUACAAAUGAAUGAGGUCAUACAAUGAGGAUAAGUUUCUUUUUUUAUUAUUUAUUGAAAGACUGUAUCCAAGUGAAAAGAAAAUGCCAUUUCUCAUUUUUUUCCCUCUUUAUUACCCCUUUAUUACUUGACUUUUACAGUUUCUUUACUUUCUUUCUUUUUCCCUUUCAUCUUUUUUUAUAACUUGAAAUCUUUGGUCUCUCCCUUUUCUCCCCCUCCCACCCUCCCAUAAUCUUCCUGCUGCUCCGCUAAUCGUUUUUCCGAUAGCGUCACCAGCUUCUAAGGUUAUCUGCUUAGCUUCUUAACCAUUUAACCUUUAACUCCCUUGAGUGACCAAGACAGAAUUUCUCCCCACUAUAUCUGUACAAUAUCAUGCAGACAAGUGAUAAGAAUAAAGAAAAAUAUCAGUUAUGGAACUAAUUGACCCGAUACCAAAUUCUCCAAACUAACAUAAUGAGAAUCACUUGGCAGACAGAAGGGAGAAUUACUAAUGAGAUCUUGGGAGUUAAAGGGUUAAACUCUAACAUUAGUAGUCAUAUCCUCCACACUUUUCUCGUUUCAUUUCUUAGGGUACUGACAAGGAAAAUCUGUUUGACAAUCAGGAGCUUCUUAAAUUGGCAAUCAUUAACUUUAAUUGUAAUACGUAAUAUUUGAGUUAAGAUACUGUAGGGAUAAAUUAAAAGUCACUCACUCUUUGAGGGUUUAAAUGUCAAAUAGCUAAGCCUACUAAAAGUUGCUUGACCCUUUUUUUUUUUGUUCAACAGAGGGAGUAACGGUGUCCUGCAGGAAAAAUGAGAUGCAAAUUGACGUGGAGAGAGGAGUUCUGACUGGUUUCAAAUCUAUUUACCUUCGACUUAACAACAGGUCGUGUAUAGCCACCGGAAAUGAGACACAUUUCAGUCUGGUCGCGCCCCUGAUGGGUUGUGGAACGGUCAGCAGUCACACGGGAGAAGAUGUGGUUUAUAGCAAUCAAGUGGAGGAGGAGGAGGUGGAAAUUGAAGGUGUCAUUUCAAGAAUGCCUGAACUUGCCAUUCCUUUUAGUUGUUAUUACACAAAGGAAGGAGUAACAUCAACAUACGGAAUCAUUCCUCGAAAGGUAUCAAGGUCAAACGAGAUAUUAUAUACAGUUUAUAAUCUCUUGGGCUAAACGAUUAAUUUUCUGACACAUUUGACAUGCUCAAGAUCUGUACUGCUCCCUCACUCUUAUUUCCACAACUACCCUAAAUGUUAGGAUGUCGGGUGUCUACCAAAGUGGCUUUUAUGAGGAGAUGAUCUUGUAGAGCUGAGGAUCAAAGAACCAACCUUAUCAUUUGAGUGACCACAGGAAGCCCAAGCUCACGUGAGCUUGGGAGGCCUGUGGAGUGACUAACAUCCAAGCGUCCAAUUUCUCCUUACAAUAUCACCCCUGAAUCAAACAUUAAGGUCAAAAGAAUAAAGGAAAUGACCGCCAAUUAAAAAAGCUCUUUACUUUUAAGCAAAUUCUCCUUGUCAGCAUCUUUGGAAAUGUAUAGAGAACAGUAUGGAGAAUAUGCUCAAUGAUGCUAGGGUGGAAAGGGUCAACAUACACGUUUGCUUUUUUUUCUUUUUGUACGUUUAAGUAUAAUUUUCUGUGGCUUCUUAGGUUCCAUAUUAUUCCUUUUUGAUUUCCAUGUUUUAUUUUCCUCUUCAUUCCAGUUAAAGAUGACCAUGGACGGCGGAGAAACUAAAACCGAGUUCACGCUCGAAAUAUCUGUGUUCAAAGACGAAAAUUAUUUACUGCCAUUCGGCAUAAGGGAUUUUCCUCUGAAGGUUUCCUUAGGGAAGCCUCUCUUCGUACAGGUAGGUUGGUAAUUUCGAACAGGAGAUUGUCUACAGAUGCGCACCCAUGUAUUACGCUUUUAUCGAGAAUAUUGCUUUUGUUACGCUGGGAAAAAGCUUUCAGAUUGAUCAUUUAUCAAAUUAUAUCACCUCCGUCUGAGCUGAAUUACGUCUGGGCAUGUCACAAAUACGACCAUUGAUCUAUACCAACAAUAUGUAUUAAAUUUCCUAACUAGUAUGUAACUAGUAUGUAUUAAAGUUCCUAACCUACACUGAUGUUUUUCAGCUUUGUCGUGAGCUCCUAUUUGGUAGAAUAUCACGAGAAUAAUUUUUUCCUCCACUGUAAUUUCAGAGUUUUGAAGUCACAAGUUCCAUGGGGGUGUCCACGUUUGACGUGGAAAAAUUCUACUUUCGGCCCAUAUGCUGUUCUCAGUUCGUACAAUAAACUCUCUUGCGUAUGGAAAGAGGGGAACAACCAGAUGUAGUUCAAACCUCAUCCUCAGAGCCCCUUUUUCCUUUUUAUUUUCUUACGCAGCUUGCAGUCGAUUCACCGGAUACCCGACUGACUAUCAGGGAGGAGAAGUGCUAUGCCACACCAACCCAGAAUCCUGAUGAUGUCAUGCAGUAUUACAUUAUACGACAAAGGUAAUUCAACGAUGCGUUCAACUUAUUACUUCGAUAAAAUUUAAUGCAACCUGCUGAAAUCUUACAUAGAUUUACAGCCAGCAGUGGUGACGCAGAUUUCUGGUGCUAUCUUUAACCCUUUCACUCCCAUGAGUGAUCAGGACAGAAUUUCUCCUUACAGUAUCAGUACAAUAUCAAGCAGACCGGUGAAUAGUAAAGAAAAAAUCAGUUAGGGAAUUAUUGAUUGAUCUAAAAUUAUAUUCCCUGAACUAACAUUAUGAGAAAUGUGUGGUAGACAGUGAGGAGAAUUACUUAUGAGAUCUUGGUAGUGAAAGGGUUAAAUACUUCUUGUUUGACCGCCAUUAUGGGGGUUGGGGAGAGAAAAAGUGUUUUUACAAAGGAGGUUGUCGUUAGAACAGAGUAAAUGAGGGGGAUGGGGUGGUGGAACGAAGCCCUCCCUUAACCCAUGCCCUCCACCACCGAGCUGGCUUGUAAUGCUUACUAGCACCUCCCACAAUGAAAUAUGUACAAUGCAGGCUCGCAGGAUGAUAGCGAAAAAUUAACCUCCUCCCCUCUCCCCACACCCUUACCUCGCCCAAAACCAAGGUGAGCGCGCUCUUGGAGCGAAAAGCGCUACUUUGGCUCCAUUGAAAUAGUUUGGGAAGGGGGGGAGGGGGGGUAGUGCAAAUGUUCCACUCGUUUCGUCAAUGAAGGUGAGUAAUAAUUAUUUUCCUUGCUGUAUCAUAAGGACUUUUUUUCUUGGUAUUUACACUCUCAAAUGGCUGUGGUUGACCAUUGCAACAUUGUUUACACCUUUUAACUUUCACACAUCGAAUCAUACCAUGUACCGUAUACCAUAUACCAUAUACCAUAUACCAUAUACCAUAUACCAUAUACCAUAUACCAUAUACCAUAUACCAUAUACCAUAUACCAUAUACCAUAUACCAUAUACCAUAUAGCAUAUACCAUAUACCAUAUACACAACCUCGCAGAUGUUGUGUAUAUAACGAAUAUUGACGUAUUUAAGAAAUCAUUUGAACAAUGAAUUAAUGCAUUAUUAAAUUAUUUUGAUCAGCAAGUUUAAAAGUGCUUAUUAUGUGUUUUAUUUUCGUAGCUGCGUUGUGGAUUCCACAGUGAAAUAUUACCCGGGCCCCCAAGGUACCAGACGGUUUAGUUUUGACACAUUUCAGUUCACAGGGGAGUACGGCAGUUUUGUGUACUUGCACUGUAAAUUGGUUGUUUGCAAUGCUACGGACCCCAACUCCCGCUGCAAUGUCGACUGCUUCACUGAUUUCCCCAGAAGAAGAAGGCGAGCAAUGGAGAAGGAGAAGGGUGUAGCUCGAGCCGGCCUCUCUGAGGGACCAUUCGUAUUUAAAAGUGAGAGGGAAGCAGACAAAGAAUCAAUACACUCUGAAGAAGGUACGACUUAAUUUGAAACAGGUUUGCAUCAUGUUAAACUCAAACCCGCAUGUCACGAUUUGCAUCGGCCCUGGACUAGCCUCGUUAUCACAAGGAGGCUUGGAGUUAUUAUUACUAUUAUUGUUAUUAUUUUCAAGAGGUACAAACAGACUUAGAAUUUUCAUUAAGUAGAUAGUAGUAGUUCAUGGUAUUUCUUUCAUUCUAAGGUAUUUUUGUUCUUUUCGAAUUUUAGAAUCUCCAUUCAAUAUCACAACCAUUGUUGUGGUUGCUAUGGCAAUCUUUUGCGCCGUGUGCCUCGCAGUGAUCGUGUACAUGAAGGUGAAAUUUGUCCCCAAACCUCAUCCAGACCCGGACAGAGAAACCUCUCUUUAGACAUCUUAUAGCCAUCACCACUACUUAUGUACCUGAUCAAGUCAGCCAGUAUCUGUUUUAAAAUGGUCCAAUGUUGGCUUGUUUCUAAAAAGAUAUUUUUAUCGUGAUAUAACUUUUAGUUCAUAUGUUAAACUUUUUGAAAGACAACAUACACAUAUCGUUUGCGUUGUGACAUU